AUGAAGUUGGCUAUCCAGUGGUGUCCAGUUUCACCAGAAUUCCAAGAGGAGAAGGGAGGGGUGGUACAAGGGCCCGAUGACACCAGCCAGGCAGAGGGACACGGACCGCAGGCAUGUCCAGGUGCGCCCUCACGUCCAGCUCGGCCUGCGCCGGGGGAUGCGGUGGCGGGGCUGCAUCCCGCGGGACACGUCCGUCUCUCAGCGCCCCUCCCUCCCUUUCCUCGAAGAUCCCGCGCUGUGUUUGCUCAAUCGGGGAUGCCCGAGCGCUUCCGCCGCGCUCCGUCCCCUCGCCCCCGCUGCGCGGCCCCGGGGCGCGGCCUGGGUCCCGCCUCUGCGCGGCGCUGCCCCAUAUAUGCGGCGGCGGCGGCCGUCAGCGGCAGCUCCCUCAGCGCGCCCAGGAUGCCGCGUGCCGCCGCCCCGCCACGGGCACUGCUGCUCGGCGCGCUGCUCUGGCCCCUGGCCGCCGGCUACGAGGACCUACCAACAGCAGUCAAUAUAACUUGGUCUUCAAUCAAUUUUAAAACUAUACUACAGUGGCAACCAAAACCAUCAGGCUACUUCUAUACUGUAGAAAUACAUGGACAGACAUCUGACGUGAGGAGAAAAUGCAUACUGACAUCAGAAACAGAGUGUGAUGUUACUGAUGCACUCAGGAAUGUAAAGGAGACCUAUACAGCACACAUACUGUCUGUAAAGCCUGCGGAGAUGGAUAACUUUGAAGAGCCACCUUUUGAAGUCUCUGAAAAAUUUACACCUUAUAGCCAGACUGUUAUUGGAAAACCAGAGAUAAAGGAUUAUUCACAAAAAGGUUCCAAACUGAAUGUCGUGUUCAAAGAUCCGCUUACACCAUAUAUAUUUCCUAAUGGAAGCUUUAUGAGUAUUCAAGAUAUUUUCCAGCAUGACCUGGAAUACAAACUCUAUUACUGGAAAGAUCAAAGUUCUGGAAAGAAAGAUGUAACAACAAAAAGCCAUAAUUUUGAAGUAAGCGUUGACAGUGGAAAGAACUAUUGCUUCUAUGUCCAGGGAAUCAUUCCCUCUCGCAGAGAAAAUCGUAAUGGCCAAGAAAGCAGGGUGCUCUGCACCAGUGUAGGAAGGAAUACCUUAGAUGAAUAUGGAACAGAAGUCUUUAUCAUCUUAGCAGUGAUAGCAGUUGCAGUCAUCACUCUCGCCAUUGUCCUUCCCGUGGUUCUGUGUAAACGCAAGAAAGCAAAGAGAGCAAGAGCUGAGAGAGAAAAGGAGCUGCUUAAUGGUAUCUAAGGAAAAAGUACCGCAGACACUAGUGGCAGAGCCAAAGCAGAAAAAACCCCAACUGUAGGAGUGACGGGGGGUAGCACGGUCAGGACAGAUGGAGACGAGAGAUCUCUGAAGCCAGGUUGUGGAACUUGCAGUUUAUUGCAAAGGGCCUGGGUGCAGGGCCCUGCUGGGAGCUGCCAGCUGCAGCUCGGAGCAGGCCCGAGAGAAGAGAGGGGUAGAGAGGAUGAGAGGGUGAGAGAGUAAAAGCAUAAAAGGGGUAAGAGCUAAGAGGCAAGAGUAAGAGUACAGAAAGUAAGUAAGCAAGUGAAGCUCCCGUUACAAUAUAAUAAAUCAUCUCCUAUGUUGAAUAUUCUGAUUCUCACUAACCAAUCUAGUACAAUAUACAAAUCCUAUAGCAUUUCCAUACAACCUAUAAGAAUCACUACAUUACCAUAUUGGGCUACAUUUUAAACCCUAAAAACUACUCUUUGGACGCCUUCUGCCAAGCUGACAGGGUCUGCUCUGACCCUUGGACCUGUCUGCAAGCAGAGGGUCUUGUUUCAUCAAAAGGGCAUUACCUUCAGUGGCCACACCAUUGUUCAGUAACUAAGGGAUCUCAAAGCUUGCUUUCAUUUCAAUCUCGCUUAUAGUCUCUAUAUUCUCAAAUAUAUUCUUUUGCCAGGCAAUCAUAUUUAUAAGGCUUUCCUGUUUCAUCUUCCCCAACACCCAACAACAAAAUUGGGUAAUUGAGUGGACCCUUUUAGGCUCUCUGAAACAGGAAUUCUGAAGCCCAAACUUUACGUGGAUUAAAAAAUCCACUAGACAGUACAGACAAAAAAUCCAGAUAUCAGGAAGCCCUGUGUCAUUAGAACAUUCUGGUGCUCUGUUACAAUCAUAGAAUUAUAGAAUGUGCUGAGUUGGAAGGGACCCAUCAGGAUCAUCAAGUCCAACUCCUGGCCCAGCACAGCACCAUACCCACAAGUCACAGCCUGUACCUGAGAGUGCUCUCUGACAACUUCUUGACCUCUGCCAGGCUGCUGCUGUGACCACUGCCCUGGGGAGCCUGUUCCAGUGCCCAAACACCCUCUGGGUGAAAAUCUUUUCCCUGAUACUGAACCAAAACCUUCCCUGACUGAGCUUCUUGCUGGAUUUUUGAGUCCUGUCACUGCUCACGAGAGUGAAGAGAUUGGCACCUGCCCCUCUGCUUCCUUUGGCAAGGUUGUUGAAGCGUCUCCCCUCGGUCUCCUUUUCUCCAGCUGAACAGACCAAGUGACCUCAGCCACUCCUCACACAGCUUCCCUUCUGGAGCCUUCACCAUCCCUUGGACCCUCUCUAACAGCUCAAUGUCUUUUUUGGAUUGUGGCACCCAAAGCCCCCAGCACUCGAGGUGAGGCCGCCCCAGCUCAGAGCAGAGCGGGACAAUCCCCUCCCUUGCCUGGCUGGGAUGCUGUCCCUGAUGUCCCCAGGACAGGGAUGUCCUUC